AUGAGGAAAACGCAGAUCGACAUGUUUUCCAAUAACAUCGUACUCAUCACAUUGCUGAGAACAACUAGAAGUUUGUAUAGUACUAUUCAGUUGUUUAAGCUCAUUAAUAACUGCUGCAAUUCCACUCGUUUCUUGGGUACCAGGCAAAAGGGAAUGGGAAGACAUACAAGUAGGAUUUCAGCACAGGUGGAAUUUUCCAGGAUGUUGUGGAGCCAUCAACGGCAAACAUGUGGUAAUUCAAGCUCCUCGCAAUUGUGGUAG